GUGGGCGGAGCGUGGGACAGGACGCUGUUAUGUGAUUGGUUGGUGCUAUCAGUGAUUGACCGUGGCCCCGCCUCUGAGUGUGUGUGGCUGGCGUGUCGGUAGGGUGAGUGGCGGAGGCAGGCUGACGCCAUGGCGCUGUUCCGCCGAGUUUCUCCGCCAAGUUACUGGACUUCUGGGACUCUCUGCACUUAAACUACUCGCUUUUACUCGAAUUUUGGAGCUUCGGAUUUUCACUUGUGCCCCGGUGUUUUUAUUGUGAGACGGAACACAAAGUUUGUGCUGUGUUUUCAGACGUGUGUGUGUGUAUGUGUGUGUGAAGUGGAGUCAGGUGAACUCAGCGGCUGUAUUAGUAAACUUGGUAAAGAGCUACGUUUAGCUUACUCUGCUAGCUUACUCUGUCGAACAGACGACACGAUGCGUAAAAGUGGGAAACUCAGAGGUAGUAAAGACGUGUUGUCUUUUUAAUUUGUGUUAAACACAUGUGUAUGUGUGUGUGUGUGUGCUCGGUUUGUGUGGUUUAUUCCGCUGGAGUGGGCAGGUAGGAGAUACUUUGCACCUGUUAAGUUAAGCUCGUUGCUAACGUUAGCAAGCUAAUAACUCAGCAGUGGCCUUUACAGACCGGGUCUUCUGUCUGUUCAGCUUUAGAGAAAGUUAACUAAACUUAAAGAAAGUUUAGUUUAGGUUUAAUAAAUGACUGAGUUGUGUGUUUAACAGCGGAAGUUGAGUGUGUAACAUUAUCUCGGCUGAGGUUUGGGACGCUACAGUGUCAGGUUGGUGUAGCUGGUUUAUGUGGACAGCAGGCAGCUCACACUGAAGCCCUGAACGGAUCAGACGCAGACUCGCGCACUGAGUAAUGAGGCGCGCGCCGGCUGUCCCGGUGCUUAUUGCAUGUCUGGAGACGUAACGCAACCCCGGUUUACGUUCAUUUUCCGCUCGGACAUCAGCGCACCUUAUGGUGCCGCCGCAGGCGCCGAGUCAUGGAUGUUCCCCGGGCCGUUUUCCCGAACGGUGAGGGGCGACUAACGGAGCAUGGCUGGCCGGAGAGCUCCACUUCCUCCUCCUCCUCCGCAGCAGCAGCAGCCACCGCCGCCGCCGGGACAUGUCGCGCGCACUCGGCGCCGGCGCGCACGCGCUCGCUGUGGACUGCGGCGUACGACUACGAGGCGAGCGGCGAGGACGAGCUCAGCCUGCGGCGCGGUGACGUGGUCGAGGUGCUGUCCAAAGACGCCGCCGUGUCGGGCGAUGAAGGCUGGUGGACCGGCAAGCUCAACCACCGCGUGGGCAUUUUCCCGUCCAACUACGUCACCUACAGACCAGCGGCGGUGUCCUCACCAUCACCAUCAGCAGCGGCAUCGCCAGAUCCCUUGAACAUCCCGUUCAGCGCGCUCGUGCUCGAGGAGAUCAUCGGCGUCGGCGGCUUCGGCAAAGUGUACCGCGGCACAUGGCGCGAGCAGGAGGUGGCCGUGAAGGCGGCGCGCCAGGACCCGGACGAGGACAUCACCGCCACCGCGGAGAGCGUCAAGCAGGAGGCCAAGCUGUUCGCCAUGCUGCGCCACCCCAACAUCAUCCGGCUCGAGGGCGUGUGUCUGGAGGAGCCCAACCUGUGCCUGGUGAUGGAGUACGCGCAAGGAGGCACGCUGAACCGCGCGCUCACCGGCAGACGCAUCCCGCCACACAUCCUGGUCAACUGGGCCGUGCAGAUAGCCAAGGGCAUGCAGUACCUGCACGAGGAGGCCGCCGUUCCCAUCAUCCACCGCGAUCUGAAGUCCAGCAACAUUUUAAUACUUGAAAGAAUUGAGAACAAUGACAUUGGUAGGAAGACACUGAAGAUCACUGACUUUGGCCUGGCUAGAGAGUGGCACAAGACUACUAAAAUGAGUGCUGCUGGCACGUACUCGUGGAUGGCUCCUGAGGUCAUUAAAUCCUCCCUCUUCUCCAAAGGCAGUGACGUAUGGAGUUAUGGGGUGCUUCUCUGGGAGCUGCUGACAGGAGAGGUACCUUACCGUGGUAUCGAUGGGUUGGCAGUUGCCUAUGGAGUGGCUGUCAACAAGUUAACCCUCCCCAUUCCAUCCACCUGCCCUGAGCCUUUUGCCAAGCUCAUGGAAGAAUGCUGGGAGCAGGAUCCCCACAUCCGACCGAUGUUCGCCACCAUCCUGGAGCAGUUGACAGCUAUAGAGGAGGCUGUGAUGGCCACCAUGCCGCAGGACUCCUUCCACUCCAUGCAGGAGGACUGGAGGGUGGAGAUCCAGGAGAUGUUUGAUGAGCUGCGAACAAAAGAGAAGGAGCUGCGCUCUCGUGAGGAGGAGCUGAUGCGGGCGACCCUGCAACAGAAAUCGCAUGAGGAACUACUGAAGAGGAGAGAGCAACAGCUGGCUGAGAGAGAGAUCAAUGUGCUGGAGCGUGAGCUCAACAUCCUCAUCUUCCAGCUGAACAAGGACAAGCCCAACGUCAAGAAGAGGAAGGGCAAGUUUAAGCGCAGUCGCCUCAAGCUGAAGGAUGGCAACCGCAUCAGCUUGCCCUCAGAUUUUCAGCAUAAGAUCACAGUGCAGGCCUCGCCAUCGAUGGAGAAGAGGAGGAGCCUGAACAGCACCAGUUCCAGCCCUCCCAGCAGCCCCACUCUCAUCCCCCGUCUCCGGGCCAUCCAGCUGAGCUGUUCCAGUGACUCUACACAAAGGAACAGUAUAUAUGUGUAUCACCAAGAUGUGGAUAUCACGAACGAGUGUAAACCUCGUACAGGGAGGAAAGUAACUCUGGACGAGAGCAACAGGACGUGGGGCAGGAGCACCAUCUAUAAGCCUGAGGAGUUUGAGGAUGCGAAGAAGGGCAUAAAGAAGAAGGUUCGCACAUGGGGUCCGAGCUCCAUUCAGACCAAGGAGAGAGGAAACAGUGCUGAAAGGGUUCGGCCGCUCUCGGAUGGAAACAAUCCUUGGUCUACAACUCUGCUGAAAUCCCAGAAAUCUGUUCCACUGGCUGCAUUAUUUGCUGAGCAGGGGACGGCUAAAGAUGAAACAAGCUCUCUCGAAGGUUCAGACAGCAAACCAAAGCAACUCAAGUUCCCCAAUCAGGUCUAUAUUGAUCUACCUCUGUGGAAGGACGAGCAGAGCGAGGGGCCUGGGGUCGGUGUAGGGGGCGGGACAGAGAGCCAGGAGGAGCCAGCCACAUCCACCAGCUCAACAAGCACAACGCCGCAGCACACACCCACCAACAGUCUGAAGCGCGCAGGUGGGCGGCGGCGCACAGACACUGUGCUGUACGGCUGCGCCUCGCUCCUAGCUGCUGUGGCUCUGGGCCUGGACCUGCGUGAUGCCCACAAGGCCACACCCACUGAUGAGAUGGAGCCUCGAGAAGACAGGAAGAAGCGAGAAGGCCUGUUUCAGCGCGCCACACGUUUCCGGCGCAGUUCCAGCCCACGCAGGGACGACAACCUGCUGGCCAUGUCUUCUAUCUCAGAGUGCAACUCCACCAAGUGUCUCCUCCAUUCGGACUCUGAGGGUCUUGAGCACAGCCCUGUAACUGAGGCACCACUUAAUGGCUCUGGAUUCUGCAAUAUCAGCCAGUGCGGCAGAAAUGUGGGCAGGACUGAUCAUCUGUGCCCACCGUUGGUACCAGAGCAUGGCACCACCUCUGGGUCCCGGCUCAGGAGGAAGAAAUCCAGUCCUGCUGUCUGUCAGAAUGCAGCUGGCACCAACUGUUCUGUGUCUAGAGCUGCUGCAGAUGUCCCUGUAGUCUCGUCCUCCCAGAAAAAGAAACCGGACAGAGAAAGCAGCCAGGAAAAGCAGACUGCUUCAGACUCUGUCUCCAGGCCCAGGCCGUUGUCUCUGAGAGCCAAACCUCACUGCUGGGGUCUUCUGAGGAGCCGAAACAAGAGCUACUCUCUAGGUCACUGCUCUGGAGAGAAGAGUGCACAGAGCCUGGGCAUAGUGCUGUCCUCCGAGGUCAAAAUGGGCUGCUCUCUCUUAGACGUGGACACCGAGGGACAGAAACGCGAUUGCACCGUUCCCCUUUGCCGAAUCCAGAGCACACCAAGUCGCCUGUCUGUCUUUGAACUGGAAAAAGAGUUCUUUUCCUGAAAUGAGCUGCCUCUCCUCUCCUCUCCUCUCCUCUCCUCUUAGAGCACAACCCAACCUUCUGACUUCAAUCCAGUUACAGUUAUAUGACGAAAGAUUCUUCUGUGUUCAGGACUCACAAAACAUUGUGGCGUUUGUGCCCAAUUUUAAGAUUUUGCUGCUGGAGUUGUCAUGUUGUACUUUUUUAUUUAUAUUCACUUUAUUUUGAUAAGUAAUUUAAUAUGAAAGGACAUAUGAGCAAAAUGAUCAGCAUUCCGUUUUACUGAAGAAUGGCCAGUGCGUAGCGCAUUCCAUAUAUGUGUAUAUAUACAUAUACAUACAUACAUAAAAGAUGUCGGUAUACUACUGUAUUUCAAGAUUUUGUAGAUUUAUAUUUGUAUUAGAAACAAAGUUGUUUAUUCAACCUGGAUAAUCCUGGAUAUUAGAGGUUAUUCUGAACUUAUAGUGAAUGAAAAUGGGUUGGUUUUUUUUUUUUGUUUUUUUUUUUUGUUUUUUUUUUUAUAUGCUACUGCAGGUUUUUGCCCCCUGGUUGAUCAGAAUGUAGAGGGAUUCUGCUGUAUGGUGCAGACGUGAACUUACAGCAAAUCAGACGUAUUUAUGGAAAAUACGUUAGUUCCCUGAGGAAGUUAGAUGGGUCAUGUGACGUAGUGACUUCCCCUGUAUUGCUUGCUCAGUAUCUGCUUUUCUUUAAUGAAUUUGCCAACAAUAAGAUUUUCCGUGCUCUCUGUAAUAUUUACUCGUUUUAACCCCGAGUAAAAUGGUGCAGUCAGUAUUACAUUCUCAGUGAGACAGUGGUCUCACUGUCUUUGGGUUCCCACGCCACGGAGUUGGCUGUUGUUUGCUUGUUGCUAUUGUUCCCAGGUGACCUUUCCUUUUUCACCACACCUGUGAAACGGGUACAGAGUAUUGUCUGUCAUAUUGAGAUUGUGUGUCUCCCCUGCUUGCUAUAGAGCUCUUUGUGCUUUUAAUGUGUCUGGUUAAACUGAUUUCUCGAAGUUUACAAGCUAUAGCUGCACUGUGGUUUCAGACUUUUCAUAUGAUGAACACAGAAAGCCCUCGUUAUUCAGUUAAAUAUCCAACAUGAGGAAGGGAUUAAUCAGCUUAUAAAAUACAGACUGACAUUCCUCUGAAGAUAGUCUGUGAGGUUAGAAUGUAUUUGUUUUGCUUUUGCUUUUGCUUUUGCUUUAUCUGAACAACUCAAUUGGGAAUGCCAAACAGAGGUGAUGAAGUAUGUGCAAUGCAUUUUCCAUUCAAACACAUUAGUUUUCACUGAAAGUGUGAAAAUCUGUUUUACUGUAUUACCUGAAAAGCAGGUAAUGAAUUCAGUAACAGAAUGGCAGUGAUUACCUGCCCUGUGCCAACAGUUCUUGGUUUUUAAAUUAAGCAUCUUGAUUACAGCUCUGAUGUUGUUUUAUGUAUCAUGUUAGUGGACCAAAAUAUAAUCUGAAUUUGAUUAGCUUAUUCCUUGACUUAAAAUGGACUGUUUUUAUGCAUUCCUUCAACAUAGUUUAAUAUUAAAUGUUCUUUUUUCUUUUCUUAUUCCUUACAACUAUUAGCUUCUCUCAUUCGUCUCACCUGGCUAUUAAAUUGAAAGGUUUUUUGAAUUGCAAUCUAAGCAUCUAUUCGCUAGUAAAGAGCUCCAUUUUAGCUCAUUAAGUGUACUCAGAGCUGGCACACACUGAUCCGCUCUUAAGUAGGUUCUAGCUCAAAGCUCAGUGAAACUAAGCAACAGGGUAUAAUCUGAAUCCUUUCCACAAUGUUUGUUUCCUUGUAAUACUGUGCAAAAGUGUUACCACGGUCAUCAGACCUUAAGCUUGUUUAGAAAAGGAGUUAAAUGUUUGUUUUUUUGUAAACUUCCUUUAUGUGUAUUAGAGAAUAUUAAACAACUGGCUCUGCUGA